UCCUCUCCCAGCCCCAGCAAAGCAUCUUCCAGAUCUCUUGGUCCUGGGUCCCGCCGCUGCCCCGCGUCUUCUCCGAAGGGCCGGUGCCUCGGAACGAGAAAGUACCUGCUUUCAAGGAGCGUAUGUGUUGGGAGGGGAGGAGAAUAAAAGAAAGUAAAGAAGCAAAGCAAAAAUUAUCUGUAGCUAUGACUGAUCAAGCACCUUCACUUUGGAGCUUUGGAACAACAAAAACAUUUCAAAUUCCCAUUGAACAUCUGGAUUUCAAAUUUAUUGAAAAAUGUUCAGAUGUUAAGCACUUGGAAAAGAUUCUCCUUGUACUCAGGUCUGGUGAGGAAGGAUUUUACCCUGAACUUAUAGAAUGUUGUGAAAAACGCAUUCAAAGCCUAUGUCCUGAAAGCAGAAUCUUAAGAAAAGAGAAACCUGCAGCAACAGCAUCUAGUUUUACACGAGAAGAAUGGGAACAAAUCGAUGGUGAUAUAAAGAGUUGGGUAUCAGAAAUAAAAAAGGAAGACUCCAAGAUGCAUUUUCAUGACAUGGACACAUUUCAAGAAGUUGCAGGCCAGCUGCCUCCAGUUCGUGGUACAAAUAGUCCUCUCAAUAAUGGCAAGGAGAAAGAUAAUAAAUCUAGAUCUUCUCAAAAGAAGAGAGUACCAAGAGAUUAUGCCGAGUGGGAUAAAUUUGAUGUGGAAAAAGAAUGUUCGAAGCUCGAUGAAGAUUAUAAAGAAAAUACUACCCCAAAUGUAAAAUCAGAGCCGCUUAAGAUUGAGAAGAAUAUUGGUACAAUAGGUCUGAGUGACAAGGAAAAAGAUUUCUUAGCUACUCGUGAAAAAGAAAAAGGCAAUGAAGCCUUCAGUUCUGGUGACUAUGAAGAGGCUGUGACGUAUUAUACUAGGAGCAUAUCAGUAUCUCCCACAGUGGCUGCAUAUAACAACAGAGCUCAAGCAGAAAUCAAACUUAAGAACUGGGAUAAUGCUCUUCAGGAUUGUGAAAAAGUGUUAGAGCUGGAACCUGGAAACUUAAAGGCUUUCAUGAGACGUGCCACUGCAUAUAAACAUCAAAACAAGUACCAGGAAGCAAUAGUUGAUUUGAAGAAAGUGCUAAAUGUUGAACCAGACAACGUUAUAGCAAAGAAAAUAUUGUCAGAAGUUGAAAAAGACCUGAACAAGUCUCAGCCUGAAUCUACUCCCAAAACCAAAGGGAAGAGAAUGGUUAUUCAGGAAGUAGAGGAUUCAGAGGAUGAAGAUGGAAAAAGAAGUGAAGAACAUGAAAAUGGCAGUGGAGAUAAGAAAACCGAUGUGCCCGUGGGAAGAGAGCUGAGAAGUGACCGGGCUGAAAUGGGGAAUGUGCAAAAUAAGUUUUCUGGCAAAGGCAAUGGGAAAAAGUUACGAGGAAAGGAGGCGCGGAAGUGCAGAGAACGCACCUUGAGCGGAGGCACCUCCGAGGGGCAGAACUUAAAGCCUUCCCCCGAAGUCGGAGGGGAAGUUAAUGGCCAUCUCCGGAGUGACAAAACUGCAGGUGGGAGCAGUGGGGCCAAAGAGGUCCCCAGCCCGGGGUCUCCUCCCUCUCCUCUGCCCCUUCCCGCCGCCGCCGCAGACCUGAAAAGCCAAGGAAAUGAGUUGUUCAAGAACGGGCAGUUUGGGGAGGCAGUGCUCAGAUACUCGGAGGCGAUCGAAAAACUCCAGGCUUUAGGAAAUGAAAGUGCCGAUGAACUAAGUGUCUUAUACUCAAAUAGAGCAGCAUGUUACCUAAAGGAAGGCAACUGCACUGGCUGCAUUCAAGAUUGUAACAGGGCCCUGGAACUUCAUCCAUUUUCUAUAAAACCUCUCUUGAGACGAGCAGUAGCCUAUGAAACUGUGGAGCAGUAUCGAAAAGCAUACGUAGAUUAUAAAACAGUAUUGCAGAUAGACAACAGAAUACAGGCAGCAAACGACAGCAUUAACAGAAUAACAAGAACUUUGAUAGAUCAAGAUGGCCCAACUUGGAGGGAGAAACUAUCACCAAUUCCAGCUGUUCCCUUUUCAGUUCAGUUGCAUAGAUUGGAUAGAGAAGAUCCUGCAGCGCAGAUGACACAAAACGGAACUACAGAGUCUGGACACCAUCAAAAAUCAAGUGUCACAGGUGAAAAACGUGAAGAAAUGUUUGCAGUCCUUAAGGAAGAGGGAAAUGAAUUUGUAAAGAAAGGAAAAUAUAAAGAAGCUCUCGACAAAUAUAGCGAAUGUUUGGAGAUAAAUCACAGUGAAUGUGUCAUAUACACAAACAGGGCUCUUUGUUACUUGAAGUUAUGCCAGUUUGAAGAGGCAAAACACGACUGUGAUCGAGCUCUUGAGCUAGAAGAGACUAAUGUUAAAGCUUUCUAUAGGAGAGGUCUUGCUCACAAAGGACUAAAGAAUUACCAGGAAAGUUUGAAUGACCUCAGCAAAGUUCUCCAAAUGGAUCCAAAUAUUUCUGAAGCAAAGAAAGAGCUAAAAGAGAUAACUGUACUUCUUGAUAACAAGGAUGACACACCACUGCCCAGUCAAGAAAAGGAAAGGAGGAAAAUAAAAAUUGAAGAGGUGGUUGAGAGCAGGAAGGAUCAGCCUGAAGAUGGUUCUCCAGGGAACAUCUCCAUUACAUGCCACGACAAUUUGGAGAGAGGGCCAGCAAGCAGCCGGCCUGCAGCGACAGGCUUGGAAAAACUCCACAUCUCCAAACCUGCCAAUGCCUAUGAAUUUGGGCAGGUUCUAAAUGCCAUAAACACGAGGAAGGAUGAAGAAGCCUGCUCCAAGCUCUUAGCCGUCACAGACCCUAAAGAGUUGCCAGCACUGCUGAGUAACAAACUGGAAGGGGAUACUUUCCUUCUCCUCAUCCAGUCUCUGAAAAAUCACCUUCUUGACAGUGAUCCUGCACUGGUCUAUCAGCAUCUUUUACAUCUAAGUAAAGCAGACAGAUUUACGACAAUGUUGACUCUGCUUAGCAAAGAACAAAAAGAACAGACUGAACAGCUGUUGGAGUCCCUUUCAGACAAAUCGAACCACACAUUUACUUUAGAGGAUGUACAGAACUUGAAAAAGCAUUAUGAGCUUUAAGCCAAGGUUUUUUGUUUUUUUUUUUUAAAUUCUCCAUUCAUGAUUGGGUACCAGGAAUAUUUGUGGGCUGGGGCUAUAAAUUGCCUGGUUGGGUGGAUAAAGUCCAGCUUUGAAAGGCGCCCUUUUUGUCUGGACUGUUGGAAGAUUUGCAAACGAUUGUGUACGCACAUUCUACAAUCUGCUGCUCACCUUCUGCCUGUAUAUAUUGUCUUCCCCAGAGACUUAACAUCUUUUUAUUUAAUUAUUUGACUUGAUAAUGAUUCAUUUUGAGGGUAUUUUAAGUACAGUCACCUUUUCAUUGCUCCCAUCUUUCCUUUUAGUCAUCCAUUUGGUAAAACGGUUGCACUAAAUUUGCAUUCUCUUAUACUCUGAAAAUGGAACCUUUUGACAUUUAAUAGAAGUAGAUUUACUUAGUUGAUUUUUAAAAUUUAAUUCCAUGAAAGGCUGACUACUGUGUCAUCUUCAUUUCUUGCCAUGAAAUACACAGAACCUAUUUUUUAUGACACAGUUAAAUAAAUACAGGAUAUCCCCAAAGCCUUUAGUGUAGCUUAAGCUUUAAUGAGCCAUAAGUAUUUGGGGACAUCUUGUACUUUGGUACUAUGAAGGUUUGGGGUUAUGAAAUAAAUGGCCCAUAUUUAGAUAAAGAUGAAAUGUGAAUUCUAGAUAAUCAGGCUUUUCAGGCUUAUGAAAGAAAUGUUCAUUUACUGUUUCUCAAAGCAAUUCUGGGAAGCAAUUUUGCCUUUCUCAAAGUAUUCUGUUGUUGCAUGUGAUUUUUUCCCAAUGGUGUUUGUUGCACACAGUAAUUUCAACUGUCAUAGUAGUAGUUUCUUAUUUAUAUCCGAUAGUAAUCAGUCUUAAUUAAGAUAUUAAUAUUACAAAAAAGGUCCUAUAGUUUUACUUAGAGCCCUUAUAAAGCAGGGUGCUAUUUGCUUAUGAAAACAGAAACAAAACAGGCAUUUUGCCGAAACUCCCUGGUCCUACUCUUUUCUUUGAAUUGUCCCAACCAAGUAUUUGCCUAUUUUCCUGUCAGCUUUUACUACUAUUCAUUUAAGUUCUCCAUUUCUUUUUGUCUGUAUAUCUGACCACAUUAACUUCCUCACUACGGAAGUGAAAGUAAAGACUUUGGGUCUUACUUGUACUGAAAAUUUCUCUCAGUUGUACACUAGAAUUAAAGGAAUGGUUUUUUUAUAUAUAUGACCUGAGAAGCCUACUCUCCAUCUAGCAUAUUUGGUUCUUUUUUCACUUGUCUAACUAGGAUAGAUGAUAAUAAGUAGUGGACUUCAAAAAAGCAAUAUUUCUGUGCUUGUGGGCCAUUCUGGAACCAGUGUAGACUGCAACCCCUCCUCAACUUAGAUUAUCUGAUGGUGGAAAAACCCAUUACCUGGUGGCCAGCCUUCAAGUGAUGAAACUCUUUCUCUGAAUGUAGCUUAGCUGAAAAGUACACAGUGGAGUCCGUACAUUUGCCAUAUUGUUCUGAAGCUGUUCCAGUGUGAUAGGAUGUGCAAGAGACUGUGCUUCUUUGGCAUAAUCCUUGUGAUCCUAGCAUUCUUUUCCACGCCGUGGAGACAGGCUAUACAUGAUAAGAGUUAUAUUCAGAUAUGGUUUGGUAGUCUUUGAAAAGGUUGUCACGUCCACAUAUAUAUUUUCUAGCAUUCUUUUAAAACUGGAAUGAGAAAAAACAUUUUAUAGAAAAACAUUAUACUAACUUGAAUUUAACUUUCUUAACCUAGUUACCAUUCUUAGGUAGUGUUUUACUUAAGAACUGCAAAAAUUGAAGAUGUAUUAUAAGAAGCAUUCUACCUCUAGUUUUAAAAAAAAGAACAUCUCUUCCUCUAAAAUAUAAAGUAAAACAGUAAAUUAUUGACUUAUUCACAGAACACAUUUAUUCAAAUGGAACCACAACCACUCAAGUUUUGAUUAAUUUACUAUUUUCUUUAUUUAGUAACUUAAAAAAAUUAUUUGUGAUCCUGUAACGGUAGAGCCACGCAAUGAAAGAAGAAGAAAAAUGCAUUAUAAAUCAUACCAAAGAACCCAUCUUUAGUGACUGUCAGUUGUGUCUGCUGCUUUCAAGGGUAGAAAACUGUAUUUCAUAUGAAAUGGUGGUGGAUUAGAUUAACAUACAACUUAAAAUAUAAAAACAUUUUUUUAAAAAACCCCAAACCCUUUGUUCUUGUUAACUUUUGAUUUUGUAAUUUGCAUUUCCCCAUCUGCUGCCUGAACAAUUCACUUGAAUUUGGUUGUUCUGUGUCCCAACUUCUUCAGUCCUAGAGCAAAGCCAUUGUGCUUGGUUGAGCGUCCAGAUUUCACUCGUUGGUAGGGAGCCCAAACAGAACUGUGGCAUGCAUAACAAUAAAAGAUUUUAUCUGAGUUAUCUCUUUUCCACUUGUUGCAUAUUAGUGGUGUGAAGGUUUGCCCUGAUCCUUCCUGUAAGACUUGCUUCUGUCUAUUCCUCAAAGAAUGUGACCCUUCUGACAGUGACUUCCUUCCCAUGCCGUCUUACACCCAUCAGAUUAUUGUACAUGUUUUCUAUGGUAAGCUUUCUUAUUAUUCAAUUUAACUAACAUCUAUUAAGUGCCUACUUUCUGCCAAACACAGUAGAAGAGUGGGGUUUUCUGGUUAAUUACAUAUUUUAGCUAAUUCAGUUACCUUAUGCUCUAUUUAUGGACUUAUAAACUUUCAAAUAAUGAUAAUAAAAUUCACUUGUGCUAUUGAACAUAAUUUAGUCUUUGGUGGUCAGAAAGUACUUUAGGAUCUUGCAAUCAUCAAAAUCAUUGCAGAAAUUGCAAAUUCUUCAUUAAGAUUGCCUGUAAGAGAGUUUUCUGUAUGGAGAAGUGAGAAAAAGUUUCAAAUUUAUAAAGGGAAGCUCAGAACCAAUUUUAAAAUUCUUUAGCCUAAAACUCUGUUAAUUCCCACUCAUUUAAAAAAAAUUAGUUUUAAAUAAAUUAUUUGAGCCAUCUAAAUUUUGUAUAACUCCUCACAGUUAUAGAGUGCAUUGUUGUCUAUAGGCCAUAUGAGAUGUAUAAAUAUCAUCACCCCCAUUUUCAGUGGGGAUAUCUAUUCAGAGAGGUUAUGGGACCUGCUCGGUCAUACUGAUAGUAAGUGGCAAACCCAAGAUUAUUAAUGUUACCUUCCUGUUUCUAAAAUAUCUUUUAAAGUUUCACAACUGAAUAAAAGGAACUAUGUAGAUAAUCUUCAAAAA